UCGUUGCUGCUGUUUUCUUUUCCUAAUUAACUUUUUCCUUUCGGCCUAGGGCCCUUGCAGGGCCCACGGUCCCCUGUCACGCAGGGGACGCAGGUGGAUUUUCGUUUAAACCGUGACAGGCUGCCUCUCCUAGUGAUUGACAAGGAAUGGAUGAAUAGGCCAAAGAGAGAGCUUCUGAUUUAGCUUAGAUGCUUCCCUUCUAGACAAAAUAUACUCUGAUGCACACUGCUGCCCCCAGAGAAAGAUCACUGGGCACGUCACUGUUAUCAUCCUCCUUGAGCAUGGUCUGAUUGGUGAAAAUAUUAUCAGCAGUUUUGAGGAUGUUCUAAGGAAUCACAGCUGGACAAAAGGGAAGCAAGAUCCAGGUACACAAUCUCAGCUUCUGUGCUUCUCAAUGGUGGGACUACUCACGAGCAACUUUUCUUCCUCUCUUAGAUUUAUGGUCAUCACACACAUCAUCUCAGCAGGUGCCACAAAGGUGAGGAUGACAGUAAUCAAUCACACUACAGUCACCUACUUUGUCCUCUUGGGACUGACAGAUCGCCCAGAAUUACAGCCUCCUCUCCUUGUGAUAAUUCUGCUUAUCUAUGUCAUCACACUUGUAGGCAACCUCAGCAUGAUUGGCUUGAUCACGAUUGACUUCCAGCUGCAAACGCCCAUGUAUUUCUUCCUCAUUAACUUGUCCAUCGUGGAUCUCUGUUAUUCUUCUGUUUUUAUUCCAAGGAUGCUCGUAAACUUCUUAGUGGAGAAUAAGACUAUUUCUUACUCAGGAUGCCUCGCCCAGCAUUUUUCAUUUGUUGUGUUUGUGACCACAGAAGGAUUUUUGCUGGCUGCAAUGGCUUACGACCGCUAUGUUGCUAUAUGUAGCCCACUGCUUUAUACCACUUUUAUGGCCAGGAGAGUCUGUGUUUGCCUGGUAGUUGGGUCAUAUUUAGGGGGACUCUGUAACUCACUGGUACAUACUUGUGGCUUACUGAAAUUGUCCUUCUGUGGCCCUAAUACCAUCAAUCACUUUUUCUGUGACACAAACCCGCUGCUACAACUCAGUUGCUCUGACAACCAUCUCAAUGAGCUGGUGCUUGUGACCUUCUCGGGGAUCAUAGCUAUGUCAACACUUCUCUUCAUCAUCAUCUCCUACCUCUGCAUCCUCUCCUCUGUUUUGAGCAUGGGCUCUGCAAACAGGUACAAAGCUUUCUCCACCCGUGCCUCCCAUCUGACAGCAGUAACACUUUUCUAUGGGCCCGUGAGUUUGAGCCACAUCCAACCCAGUUCGAGAUACUCACAGGAACAGGAGAAAAUCUCUGCAGUAUUUUACACCCUGUUUAUUCCUAUGCUGAAUCCUCUGAUAUACAGCCUUCAGAACUAGGAGAUGAAAAAUGCUCUUAGAAGGUGGAUGGAGAGGAAAAAAUGCUGUCCAUCAGCUUGCUUGUCAGGAUAAUAACCAGUUCCCUAGGAGGUUUGUUAAGAGACGGAGAUACCAGUUUGGUACUAAGUACGAACACUUAUGAAUCAAGUGUAACUGAGAAAAAUAGAGAAGGGGUGCUAGGACUAACAGUAGGAAAAACAAUCUUCUCAUCUUUGUUUAUUUGUUUGGGUUGAUGAUGACGAUUGCAUUCCUUCAUCUUUCUGACACAUUUCUAUCUACCUAGAGGAGAAGAUGAAAAUUGUCUCUUUCUACUGUUUGGUUCUGUAAUGUAUCUAUCUCCACAUUUUUGUUGGGAUCAUCAAGGAAAAUAUUGUAAUUCUUUACUUCAAGUUCAGGGACUCAUAAGCUCACAUGCAUGCCUGCAGUGUUAGCUUUCAGUGUUGAAUCCCGCUUGACUUGUUUUUAUUGCUCCUGAAUCUUUGGUUCUUUUUCAGUGGCACAGCAAUAUCAGAUGAGGUUCAGCUCCCGGGAAGAAGCCCAAGAUGCCUUUGGACUAGCAUUAUCUACAUAGAAAAUCCUUUAAGGUCUCAGCUUAACCAUGCACUGUUUCUUGGCAAAUUAUAGAGAAAAAAAAACUAAACUCUUUUUAAUGCACCCCAGAAUGCCACUGGUCUUUUUGGCCAUGAGGGCACAUUGCUGGUUCAUACCCAAACUGUCGUCCACCAGGACACCCAGGUCCCUCUCUGUAGAGCUUCUCUCCAGCAGGUCAUCCCCCCCAAAUUACCUGACAUCAUCACACAUGAAGGAGAAAAGAAACAUACAACUGGAAAAGGCUUUUAUGUCCUUUCAGUCACUACCCAUUAUAAACAGAUUAAUGUGUUUGUUUGGCUGAUUUUUGCAUGAAAACACUUGAACAAAUGUCCCAGAGCAACUCAGCUGGAGUUCUUCAUUCAUGGAGUUGUCAUUUGUCCCGAAAAUAGAAACAAACCAUGGUAAAAAGAGUUCACAUUUCCUUUUCAGGAGGGACUAAAAUGGUGUUUAAAAUUUGGCUUUGUAUGCAUGUACUUUUUGUGCAAAAAUGGUAUUUCACACAACUAAAGAGCUUCACAGACAUAGCUAAAAACAUAGUGUGAUGGAGAAAGUCUCAGUCAUACCCUGAAGUGAUCCUUCCGCAUCCAGGGAGAAGAAUCUUGCCCGUGUCAUCUGCCAAAGUCACUAGCAAAUCAUAGGAAUUGGUGAGCAUUGGUCUCAGUCCACCUGUUCCUUAUGGAACU